AUGGCGACCAUCACCUGCCACCUCCCCCCUCUCCUCCCUGCCCCCGCCUCCCGGCAUCAUCGCCACCUCAAGCCCUCCCCCUCCCCCUUCAAUCGGCACCUCCGCGCCCCGCCUCCGACUCGUCUCCUCCGCGCCGCCCGCCGCCGCCAUCCCGACGCCGUCGUCGUCGUCCCAGACGCCCGCCCCUGGGUCGGCGACCUGUCAGGAGCCGCCUCCUACCGGGACGGGAGGGAGGAAGAUGGAGACGAGGAGGACGACGCGGACGAAGACGACGACGACCGCAGCCUGGACCUCCUGGCGCGGUUCCUGCACUCGGUGUUCAGGAAGGCCUCUCGCCGCGCGCGCCGCGCCGCCAGGUCCGUGCUGCCGCCCUCCGUCCCCGCUGAGCUGGUGAAGUUCUCGGUCAAUGGUGUGCUGGUUCUCACCUUCUUGUGGAUCCUCAAGGGGCUUCUUGAGGUGGUCUGCACAUUUGGAAGCAUGGUGUUUAUAAGCAUCCUUCUUGUUCGAGGGAUAUGGUCUGGAGUAACUUACAUCAGAGAAAACCGAUACAGCUAUAUUCAACAGCUCAAGGACGACGACAGCCGGUGGAGCAGAGUACAGCCCGCUGGUUGA